UCCCUCCCACAGGCACACAGAAAUACACAAGACAAUCUGAAACGCCAUUAACUAGUAACGUUCAACAUGUCUUUAUAUAUCUUGUUUGCAGUCAUCUUGUUCGGUAACAUCAAUUGUGACACUGACUGCAGUUUUUAUAACCUGGAAAGGGCUCUAAACCUGUCAAGUUUUCAGCCUGAUGAACGUCCAGUUAGCAACUGGAAAAAUGUCUGUAUGGUUCAACUGGAUUUUCUCUUGUAUACUGUCGUCGAACUGAAUAUGAAUCAACAGACUAUUAUCACAUACAUAUGGUUCACUAUGACUUGGCGCAAUGAGCUUAUCUCCUGGGACGCUGAUGAUUUUUGUGGAAUUACGAACAUUUUCGUUCCCGGCAGCAGUUUCUUUUGGAAGCCAGAUCUUUAUGUUUAUGAAAUGACUGAACGUGAUAAUACUCCAGGGACUUCAUAUUUAAACCUGGACAGUAAUGGAACCAUCAGCAGUUUUUUCCCUUUAAGGGUCAUCAGCACCUGCAAUAUGGAUUUGUUUAAGUUCCCCUUUGACACUCAGACCUGUACGCUGACCUUUAGAUCAUAUCUUUACUCAGUUAAUGAACUCGUUAUGCUGGCGUUGUCGGAUUCAUACAAUGUGUUAAGACAUUCGCAGGAAGUGUUUGCCAGUAAAGGAGACUGGAACCUUUUAAAUAUCACAGUACAGAAUGACACCUAUGGCUUCCUGAAUAACAAGUACACAGUAGUCAUUUAUAAGGUUACAAUAAAAAGAACCCCUGUCAUCUACAUAAUCAAUCUCAUCAUCCCAGCCUGCUUCCUAGUUCUCUUAGACAUCUGUAGUAUGUUCAUUCAGAAGUACGAGGAACGACUUGUGUUCAAAAUCAAUGUUAUUCUCGGGUUCUCUGUGCUCCUGCUGAUCCUGAACAAUAUGUUACCUGCUUCUGGUAGCCAACCUAUGUUAGGUAUUUUCUGCUGUGUAUGUAUGGCAAUGAUGGUUCUUAGUAUUAUUGGAACUAUUUUUUCCUCUUAUGUGUUGGACCAUUCUGUCAACCCCCAACAUGUUCCUCCAUGGCUGAAAACGUUUGUUUUAAAGUACAUGGCACGCGUACUGUGCUUUAGGAAAGCACCCUCUCGAGAAAAGAUGACCAGGAAUGGGACUCUGACCAAAGAGCCAAAAACAAAGACCACAGGUGAUGUACAAGUGAUGAAGGAUUUACAGGAAAAGGACAACCUUGAAGUAAAGCUGUUGAAGAAACUGCUGUUAGAAAUCCUUAAGAUCCACAAGAGGUUAAACCUCUCAAAGACUGAAGAUGCCAAGUUAGAAUGGUUCCAAGUUGCAAAAGUCAUCGAUAGGCUGGUUGUCGUUUUGUAUCUCCUUACUGUAACUGCAGUAUUUAUUUUUCUCAUCUAUGCUUGGGCACAGUGAAUUAUGUGAAUGCAUAUUAAGGGGAUCCAGCUUAAUAAAUCAUUGGAUGUCUUUUGGGUUACUAUGGGGGUUAUCCACAAAAGAGAUACGCCGGCGUAUCUACUGAUACGCCGUCAUAUCCCUGUU